AUUGAUACUUGAAUCAAAAUCGACUCUCCGUAUGUAACUGGGGGCUAUUUUUGAGGUUUCACUAAACGCAAACAGAAACAGGCACAAACGGAUAGAUUGAUAAAAGAUCUGAUAUGAGUAGUCAAACAUAAAUGGGACAAACUGCUAAAUCCUCAACAACCGUACGAUACCAAUCUAAUCCACUCCACACCAUCCGAUCUCUCAUCCACUGGGUCCCCCGCCUAACAAACUCAAAACGUCCCCGAGCUCUGACACUCAUAAACACCAGGUACACGCCAUACCACACUCACGUAAACACUGCGUUAAGCCAUUGAAAUACUCAAACCAACUCCAGAACCUUCUAGCUUCUUCUAGAAGCUCAUUUCAAUGGCUGAGACCAAGAGAUCCACUGGCAACGUCAAGUGGUUCAGUGCACAGAAAGGUUUUGGCUUCAUAGCUCCCGACGACGGCGGCGAGGAUCUGUUUGUCCACCAGACCUCGAUCCAAUCCGACGGCUUCCGGACCCUCUCCGACGGACAGCCUGUUGAGUUCUCCGUUGAUUCAGAAGAAGACGGCCGCACCAAGGCCGUUGAUGUCGUAGGCGCCUCCAGAUCUCGCCGUCCUCCUCGUGGAGGUCGCGGUGGCGGGAGGGGGUACUACGGCGGAAGAGGACGAGGUGGCGGCGGUUUUGGAAGAGGUGGCCGUUCAAAUGGUGGAGGUUAUGGAGGCGGAGGAUAUGGCGCUGGCGGGGGUGGUGGCGAUCGUGCUUGUUUUAAUUGCGGACGGUACGGUCAUUUAGCGAGGGAUUGUUAUCAGGGUAGCGGUGGUGGUGGGAUAUAUGGUGGCGGUGGAAGAAGAGGAUAUUCUGGUGGUGGUGGUGGAGGUAGAGGUGGAGGAUGCUACAAUUGUGGCGAGGAAGGGCAUUUUGCGAGAGACUGUCCUAAUACUGAUAACAAGUGAGAGAAUGUGAGUGGUUUCAGUUAAUGGUGACACGAGCGCGGUGGUUGUCAAUAAUUCUUUUGUGGAUUGUUGCCUUUUCAAGGUUUGGUGAUUGCUUCUCUCCUCUCUCUCGCUGUUUUUUUUUUUUUUUUUAAAGGAUGCAAACCAGCAUAGAAGAUGGAGCAGAAUCGCUUUCUGUUCUAAUUGUUUUUUUUUUUAUAUAAUUUGGUAAUGUUGGCGAUUGUUUGCAUAAGAUAUAGCUCCAUUUCUUUUUUCAUCGGUUAUUGUUUAACAUGAAACUGAUUACAUUUUACCUGUUUUAUAUGAGAUUAAUUAUUUUUUCUACAGUUACUUGAAUUGUUAUGAUAUUAGUAAAUUUGGUAAUGUUGCUCAGGUCCAAGUAAACUUUAAUUUCAAAUCUGAAUAGAUAUUAUCAAGAUUGGGGCAUGAAUGUGAUGGCCACUAUUUAAAAGUGAUGGCAUGCUUUUUUGUAUUUUUCGGUUUCAUUCAGUUUUAUAUGUGGAUACUAUAGCAAUAUUUAUCUUAAUACCAAGAAUUUCAUACGUGUUUGGUGAAUGGAUGUGUGUGUGUGUGUGUGUGUAUUCCCAUUAAUCUAUGGCUAGAAUUCUUGUAAUCUUAUCUGAAGUUUGUUAGCCUAUGAAGGGUUGAAAUUGUAUUUGUUAAGAUUGGAAUCCUCUGGGGCUAGACCAGCCACUCCUUGAAGAGUCUUGUGCGUGGUCUUAUCCAUCUCCUGUUUGGCUUCAUGAUAUAUCCGCAGUUUUGUUGCCUGUGGUCUUUAUCCUUUCACAUAAUUGUAUGACUGAUUAUUGAAAACAAAAUGAAAGAAUGACUUGAUGUAAUUAUUACAAAAGAAAUGCAUAAUGUUAAGGGGUUUAUGUAUUCUUUCUGAGCUGUAACAUCUUGCAACAGUAAUAACUCAAACAGAGAAGGAUGGCUUGCUAUUUAAUGUUGCAUGCAAGUUCUAAAGUUUACCAGUCCUUGAAAUUCUCUAAGUGGCAGCUGGUUUCUAAGAAGGCAGGACUUAACAGUCCUGCCAAUUUGUGAAAGCCAUUUCUCUUUUAUUUUGGGCGAUUAUUUAGAAAGCUCUUCUAUUGAGCAUGAUCUUAUUUAUCAGAUUCAUAAGAUUUAUAUUAGUUGGAAAGUUUAACAUCUGAGGCAUUGCCUGAGUGUCAAAUGAGCUAUUGAUGCUUAAGCUUUUCUCUUGGCCAUGUAUUGAUUUCAAUUCCUCUUGUGGGUUGAGUUGGGGGUGGAUGUUGGGUAGAUGUGCCUUGUAUUGCCAUAAUCUGAAUGCAUGUUUCAUUCUGGCUGUAUCAUUUAGUUUGUCUUCUGUCUUCUGAAAUGCAAAUUUAACCUCAUGUUAUUAUUCAUUCAAAUCUAUAUUGAGUGGAAAAUAUUGUCCUACCUGUCUCAAAUUAUUGCUCUUUCAAAACUCGGAGCUUUUUUAUGUUUCACUCCUAGUUUUGAUGCAUUCUCAAGUAAUUCUCUUAGCUCACAAGCACCACUUGGCUUUUUCUUAAUUGUUUGUGGUUUGAGGUUUUUUUAAAGAUGCAAUAAUCCUCGCCAUAAGUGUAUCUUUGAAUAUCUGAAAAAUUAUGCUUUCAUUAUUAGCAUUGCAGGUGUCAUAGCCACAGAACAAAAGGCAUCCUUUGAAUUCUGCUGUAUUAAUGGGUAUAGCUUGUCGAUCAAUUUUGCUUAGUGCCAUAUCUCAUGACUUCGGUGAUCAGACAUGUGUUCAAUCUAUAUUACAAGUUAUUUAGCCACUUGGUGUCUUAUUGUUUUUGGUGAUUUGUUGUGUUAUUGAUAUCAAGUUCUAUGAUAUCUGAGUAUUUGGACUUCGGAUGAAAUGUGCAUUAUGCUUUGUAUGAAACACUAGGAUGAUGUUUCUUUAAAUGAUGAUUCAUGCAAGGAUUGACAUACGAGCAGCAUGUUCCAAAGUUUUGAUGUUGGUUUAUAGAUCUGUAACGGGUAUGGCAGAUCCUAAUUUCUCUUGUCCUCUCCUCCAACCCCCCAUAAUUUUUCUUCGGGGGAACCUUGGUUAAUGGUUAGCAACUUAGCAUGCAGGCCUGUCCUGGUUGGUUAUCUUUGAAGAAAUCCCCAAGUUUAGUAGCAUGCCUAGCAUGUCAUUUCCACUCCAUUAAAGACACUCCUUGGAUGAUCGGAGUUCUCUUUUGGGCUCACUGGGUAUUUUUGUUGAUCGUUGGCUAUAAUUAAAUCUUUCUGGUUAUGCAACGUCAUGUUGCCAGUUCAGUUCUUCUACAUGUCUAACCAGGGGCAACUUGAUUUCUAUUGUCAUAGAAAACCUCAAGAUCAUAUAUUCAGAGAAUUCCCCCAUAUCAAGGUCUUCAAGAUGCGAAGGUUUUACUUGCCUUUAUCUUCACUUGUUUGGCUCUAGUUUGAGUAAUUUGAGCUUUGUAGAUACACAUGUACUUUUCCAGCAUGUAAUUUACAUGUAAAUGAGCGGAUACGUCAAUGUAACUUUAGAAUGUUUUAGGAGGAUCGCGUAGCCAUAGAGCAUUGAUAUGAGAUGAGAAAAGGAAUUGGUACUUU